AUGGGUCGGAAUUGUUUUACAGUUCUUUCAUUUUAUUUAUCCAACUGUUCCUUUUUAGGCUCUCGAAAAGAAGCGGAAAUGUUUGAUGAUUUGAGUCCGGAAGAGGCAAAACGACGAUUGGGAAUUUUGGCUCGAAAAAUGGAUAGUAACAAGGAUGGCUUCGUUUCCGCCACAGAAUUGGAAGCAUGGAUACAGCGAUUUCAAGAGAUCGAUGAAAAUCGAGACAAUUAUGCAACUUGGGAAGAAUAUGUAAACGAAGCAUUCGGGGGAAUCGAUCCAGAAGAUGAAAGUUUGGAUGUUGAAGACAAGCGUUUGUUGGAGGAAGACAGGAUGUAUUUCAACGCAGCCGAUCAAGAUAAGGAUGGGAAAUUGUCGAUGACUGAAUUUGAAGCCUUCCAAAAUCCCGAAUCUUUCCCGCACAUGCACGAAGCAUUAAUUCAGCUUACAAUGAAAGAGAAGGAUAGAAAUGGUGAUGGGAAGAUUAGCCUGGACGAAUUUCUGGAUGAUGUUGCAAAGGAUCAGAAAUCGGACCUGGACGAAUUUCUGGAUGAUGUUGCAAAGGAUCAGAAAUCGGAGUGGUAUGAACUGGAGAAAUCGCGCUUUGAAAAUGACUAUGACCAAGAUAAGAAUGGUGUGCUUGAGAACGAUGAAAUAACGAAAUGGCUCGUGCUGGGCUUGAAUUCUACUGCAGCAGAGGAAACGAAACAUCUGAUGUCUAAAGCAGAUAAAGAUGGUGAUGGUCGUCUCAGUAUCGAUGAAAUACUCGAUGAAUCGGAUCUUUUUGUUGGCUCGGAAGCAACGAAUCAUGGCGAAAAUUUAGUUGAACUUUCACAUGAUGAGUUAUAG